CCUUUUAAGACUACAACCGGUUUUUCACAGUCUGCUUCUCCGAGUGUUCCACUGCAGACGGGAUGUUUUGACUUUCCACAUUUUACCGUCAAUUUUCGGGAUUAUAAAACAUUAAAGAGUCCCUUUUUUCAGCUGUUAAACCGGAUGUGGAGCUAGCCUUAUCGAGCUAACGGGAUUUAACCGCCGAGUCGUCAGUUACUCCGUAGAUAACGUUAACAACAAGGCGGAAAACAUGUCAGACAAACCGAUGAUUAUCACGCUGGAAACAGCUUCGGGGACAACGAGUUCAUUUCCCGUGGUGUUGAAGCAGAUAAUGGACAUGCCUCCACCGAAUAUUCUGGACUACGACGAUGACACAGACAAGGAAAAGCUGUUACUGGGAGACGAUGUUGACCUUAAUGGAGGAAGCAGCGAUAUGGGUCCUUCAGCCUCCCUGACCCCGGCUAUCUGGGAGAAAACCAUUCCCUAUGAUGGCGAAAACUUCCACCUGGAGUACAUGGACCUUGAGGAGUUCCUCAUAGAGAAUGGCAUCCCCAACUUGCCCGACGUGGACGCCCAAAAGAGCAGCCUGGCCGAUGGGAAGACGGUGAAAGGAAAGGCUCCAGCUUCCUCACUGCUUCCCAUUCAGGACUUGGACAUGUGUGGGGAGGACAUGCUGAUCAUCACCAAGAGUGACUCUGAUAUCCUCUGUGAUGUGACUGCAGAGGUGACCACUGAUAGUGACCGAGAGACCCCCGAGCCUAUUGACCCCGAUGAGAUCGAGGUGGAGAUUAACUACGAGCCCGACCCCACUGACCUGGUGCUGUCGAGCGUUCCCGGAGGCGAGCUGUUUGACCCUCGCAAACACAAGUUCACUGACGACGAGCUCAAGCCACAACCCAUGAUCAAGAAGGCCAAGAAGGUGUUGGUGCCUGAAGAACAGAAGGACGACAAGUACUGGCACAGGAGGAAGAAGAACAACGUGGCGGCCAAACGUUCCCGUGACGCCCGCAGGUUAAAGGAGAACCAGAUCACCGUGAGAGCCUCGUUCCUGCAGCGCGAGAACUCGGCGCUGCGCACAGAAGUCGCCGACCUGCGGAAGGAGUCCACCCGCUACAAAAACACAGUGGGGCGCUACGAGGCUAAAUAUGGAGCACUUGCGCCGCUGGAAGACCAAUAGACAGCCAUUGUUUAUUAAUUUAUUUCUUCUAA